AUGCGCCUGAGCUCCUCGCUCUCAUUUUCCAGCCCGGGCGGCCGAACCACGCCAAGUUCGCGAUCUUCAUAUUUGGACUUCAAAAGACCCAAUUCCGCCUGGGACACCCGGCCGCUGUCGCCUAGAGGUAUUCCGCCCAAGUCCAGACCGGGCUCUUCAUGUGGGAGUCGUCCCGUGACUCCCUCGGGUCGUGUUGACUCGUAUACGGGCACUAUUAAGGUUAGUAUAAGACCCAAUCCAUUGACGUAUAACCCGCAGAACCGGCUGUGGGAGAUUGACGAAACAGAUAAUCUGAUUGGAAACGUGCAGGACGGCGUUUCCUAUUCCUUUGAUAACGUAUUUUCGCCCGUUUCGGUGUUGACGAACCAAGAUGUAUACCAAAGAGCAUGUUCGCAUUUGGUGCGUAGUUUUUUAGAAGAUGGAUACAACUGUACGCUCUUCGCGUACGGAAUGACCGGUUCCGGAAAGACUUACUCGAUGCGCGGUGAAGACCAUGACCCAGGCUUUGUUCGAUUGGCUGUAGACGAUAUAUUCUCUAAGAUCCACGAGACCGCAAUGUCCAAGAAGUACGAGUUGACGGUGUCGUAUUUGGAAAUCUACAACGAAAGAGUAGUCGACCUCUUGGGCCAGGGCCCCUUGGCGCUGGCCAACUUGCAGAUCCGAGACGACAGUGACUUUGGAACCAAAAUAAUCGGCAUCAACUGCCCUGCGAUUCUGUCUAAAGAUGAUCUCUUGCAGCUCAUCAAGCUUGGUGAUGCAAAACGUAAAACUUCCAGUACAGAUUAUAAUAUCCGCUCGUCGCGUUCACACGCAAUCGUGCAAAUACGCCUCAAGACAGUGGAUCUCAUCUCCAAUACAAGCAUCAACUGCACGCUCUCGCUUUGCGACUUAGCUGGUUCUGAGAAAGCGACACUGAGCGCCGAGAGACGCAAGGAGGGUGCCUUCAUCAACAAAUCGCUUUUGGCGUUAUCCACUGUGAUCAACAAGUUGUCUCUCUUGUCCACCUCCGGUUCUUCUUCCUCUUACGAGCACAUUCCUUACAGAGACUCAAAGCUCACUAGACUCCUUCAGCCUGCUCUUUCUGGCUCGUCUCUCAUUCUGAUUCUUUGCACUGUGCAUUUGGGCCUGAACAACCCGUCCAUGAGUCUGCAGUCCGUAUCCGAGACCUACAACACCUUACGCUUCGCUGCGCGUGCUAAGGAUAUUGUUAUGAACGUCAAUACGAACAAAAAGGUUAAUUUGGGUAAUCCUGACAGCCAGCGCAUCAUCGAACAGCUUCGGGAAACGAUCGAAAACCAGAAAAAGGAGAUAACCACUCUCAAACUUACCGCUCAAACUUCACCGGGAGACCAAGAAGCUCACAGAUCACUUCUAGCUGACCUACAAGCUGAGCUUAGGGUACAGAAUGACCGUAUUGAGCAUUUGACAAAGCUUACCGAUAUACAGGCCAUGGAAACAAUGUUUCUACGGAACGAUGUCAUCAAGGAGAUUUUGGGAGGUGAGAUAGACAAGGAGUUUUCGCAAAAAAUGAUGACCAACCUAGAGGAAUUCCAUGGCCGUGUCAACUACGAGCUCGAAGAGAAGAAGCGCUAUAUUCAACAGUUGGAGACACAGCUCAAGUCUGUACAGCAACAACUUCUUUUGAUGGACAAGCCUGGUAUGUCCGAAUUCUCGUCAUCUUCCAAUCACGUUGAAAAACUCUUGCAGGAACAGGAGGAGGAAAUUUCUCAGCUCAGGGAGACCAUCAAGGAUAAGGAUCAGAUCAUCCACAGCUUGAUGAAAACGUCGAAACUCCGCCGGUUGGUGGAUCAAAAUGCCAAUAGGGCCUCUGACCAAUACAAGAUUCCUGUCAAGCGUGCUAGUGUUCUGGAACACUCCAAUGCUGCAGGAAAAGAGAAUUUCUAUUCAGACCCACGAAACACGACAAGUAAUUAUUGA